AAUGGCACCACAAAAAGGGCACAAGGUGACCGUUUGGACAACUUGAGGAACAAGGUUGAGAGUAGGAAGGACCAAAUGGAAGAAGACUAGUGCAUUUGGAUGUAGCUUUUUGCUGAAAGUUGGUUAAAGAUUGAAUCUUAAAAAUCUGUACAUAAGCAAAUAAUUUAAAAAGUUAAAAGAAAAAGUUGUUGCCUAACAAACACUUAGGGCAAUUGGAUGAGAGAACUAUAUAUGAGGUAAGGAAUCUGAUUUCAGAAAUAUCUUGUAAUAUCUAUGAAUUAUUGAAAAUGAAGAUGAUUUGCUGUUUUGUCAAGGUGCAGCAGGGCAGAGAGCCACUUGAUGUCGGCUACUGUUCAAUCACAGUGGAUGGUGGCUUAAAUGAUGAACUUUUACCACAGAGACUUCAUAAUUUUGCUAGACAAAGAGAAGAGUUGCAACGGAUGGAGAUUGAAAUUAAAGCCCAGCUAAUUUCAAGAUCUGAGAUGGUGGAAUUGCAAACCACCUUUGAUGCUUGGAUCAAAGAGCAUGCUAUUGCCACUGCGAAGCUUCAAGAGCAACUCCGCGAAAGGGAGCAGGCUGUACAUGAGUUGGAAAGGAAGAUGGAAGAGAAAGAUAGGGAGCUGGAUGCAAUCAAAUUGGACAAUGAAGCGGCCUGGGCUAAAGAGGACCUUCUUAGAGAACAAAAUAAAGAACUAGCAUCCUUCAGAAGAGAGUGCGAUCAUUCUGAAGUGGAAAGAGCCCAACAUAUAAAACAGAUACAUGAUCUUCAAGAACAUAUUCAAGAAAAAGAGAGACAACUUAUUGAGUUGCAGGAUCAGCAUAGGGUGGCUCAAGAAACCAUUCUUUAUAAAGAUGAAUAGUUGAGGGAAACCCAAGCUUGGAUUGCACGUGUCCAGGAGAUGGAUGUCUUACAAUCAAAUACAAACCAUUCAUUACAGGCUGAAUUGCGAGAACGAACUGAACAAUAUAACCAGCUGUGGCUUGGUUGUCAAAGACAGUUUGCAGAGAUGGAAAGACUUCAUAUGCAUAUGAUACAACAGCUUCAACUUGAGCUGGCCGAUGCACGAGAAAGGAGUGGAACAUAUAGUGACGAGUCACGUAUAUUCCAAACAAAUUCAAAGAAUGUAUCUCAGUUUGGACAAAGCAAUGGAAACCAGCUAGAUGCAAAUGGAGGAGGUGGCACAUCAGGCGGAAAUUCUGGGGUCCUUCCAAAUGGGAAUUCUGACAAUGUCUCAUCUUUUGCUUCAACUGGCAAUGCACCAGCCCAGCCCGAUCAUGUUCCUGGUGUUCCAAUUGCUCCAUCCUCUCUGCUUGGAAUGCCUACAUACCUUCCACCUGGACAAAUGACUGCUUUGCAUCCAUAUGUUAUGCAUCAACAAGGGGUUCCCCAUUCUUUGCCAUCACAUGUUACUCCAUCUCAUAUUAUUAUUAUUAUUAUUAUUAUUAUUAUUAUUAGAUCACAUGUAUUCUAUAAAGGUGUCAUUCGACCUAUAUAUUGGGUUGGGGCAUGGAUUUGCAUGUAUAAUAAAUUACAUGGGUUUUAACUUCUACCCAUAAUCCCAAAAUUGUGUAUUAAUAUUUUUUUUCAAAAAUAUGUUGAUUUUUUGACAAGAAAUUUGUAGCUCGAUUGAUAUUUAAUAAUUUCAUCUGAAACUUCAAAGUUGAAA